CCUGGGUUGGUUCUGCAGCGUGAGAAGGGGCCCGUGUUGAUUUCAGGAGUCAUCAUGGCGCUCAAUGCGACAAUUAAAGAGCACCCGUACGCCCAUCUGAUCGACACGUUACCAGAUGGCAUCAAGUUCUACAACCCACGUAAAUUAGGCGACCCGAGAUACGACAAACUGCCGCUGUCCGUCCGGAUCUUGCUGGAGGCGGCGAUUCGGAACUACGACGGCUUCUACACAAAAGAGGAAGAUGUGCAGAACAUCUUGGACUGGCAGCAGCAGCAGGAAAAAGCAGAGGUGCCUUUCUCCCCGGCACGAGUCCUUCUGCAGGACUUCACUGGUAUUCCUGCUAUGGUGGACCUGGCAGCUAUGAGAGACGCUGUGGCCAAACACGGCGUGGACCCCGACCUAGUGAACCCUAAAUGCCCCACAGACCUCAUUGUAGACCACUCACUGCAAAUUGAUUACAGCAAAUGCGCCAUACAGAACGCUCCCAACCCAGGCGGAGGCGACAGCUCCAGCCAGAGCCAGCCUCCUGCUCCUCGUCCUGCAGCGGCCCGGCCUCCGUCCAGAGGCAGCUCCCACUGCGGGGGCCAGCGGGGCUCCUGCAGCAAGGGCACCUGCAGUGACCCCCCCACCUCGUCGGGCCGUCCAACCUCUGUCCAGCAGAUUGAAAACACUCCCCUGCUCUGCCCCUUCCACCUGCAGCCCGUUUCUGAACUGGAAACGGCUUUGAAGAACCAGGAAAUGGAACUGCAGCGAAACAAAGAGAGGCUUCAUUUUUUUAAGUGGUGUUCAAAGGCUUUUAAAAAUGUGAACGUGGUUCCUCCGGACGUCGGCACCAUCCACCAGGUGAACCUGGAGUACCUGUCCAGGGUGGUGCAGGUCAGCGACGGCCUGAUCUACCCCGACAGCGUGGUGGGCACCGACUCCCACACCACCAUGAUCAACGGCCUGGGAAUCCUGGGAUGGGGCGUCGGAGGAAUCGAGUCUGAAGCGGUGAUGCUGGGCCAACCGGUGUCGCUGACCCUACCUCAGGUGGUGGGCUGUAAACUGGUGGGCUCCAUCAACCCUCUGGCCACGUCCAUCGACAUCGUCCUCGGCAUCACAAAGCACUUGCGGCAGGCAGGAAUCUCUGGGAAGUUUGUUGAGUUUUUUGGACCAGGUGUCUCCCAGCUAUCGGCGCCUGACCGGACCACCAUCGCCAAUAUGUGUCCAGAAUACAACGCAACUGUCAGCUUCUUCCCUGUCGACCACGUAACACUCAAGCACUUUAAAAAGACAAGUUUCACUGACGAAAAGCUUGAAUUACUGGAAACCUACAUGAAGGCUGUAAAUCUUUUCCGAAGCUAUGAAGAAUCCUCAGAAGAUCCUGAGUUCUCAGAGGUGAUCGAGAUCAACCUGAGCUCCAUGGUUCCCCACGUAAGCGGACCCAAAAGGCCCCAAGACAGAGUGGCCGUCAGCAGCAUGAAGGACGACUUCCAGAGCUGCCUCAACGAGAAGGUGGGAUUUAAAGGCUUCCACAUCUCCAGGGAGAAGCAGGACGUCCGCGUCCCCUUCUUGCACUGCGGUCAGGAGUAUCAGCUGGCGCACGGCUCCGUGGUCAUCGCCGCCGUCAUCAGCUGCACCAACAACUGCAACCCGUCGGUCAUGCUCACCGCAGGCCUGAUGGCCAAGAAGGCCGUAGAAGCCGGGCUCGUCGUGAAGCCCUACAUCCGGACCAGCCUGGCUCCUGGAAGUGGCAUGGUUACCCACUACCUCAACGCCAGUGGAGUCCUGCCUUACUUCAACCAGCUGGGGUUCGAGGUCAUAGGUUACGGCUGCGCCACCUGCGUGGGGAACAUGGCGCCGCUACCAGAAUCUGUAGUCGACGCCAUCAAAAAGGGGGACCUGGUGGCCUGCGGUGUGUUGUCUGGCAACAGGCACUUCGAAGGCCGCCUGUGUGACUGCGUGCGCGCCAACUACCUGGCCUCCCCUCCCCUGGUGGUGGCGUAUGCCAUCGCAGGCACGGUGGGAAUUGACUUUGAGAAAGAGCCUCUAGGCCGGACUUCGGAGGGUAAGGACGUGUAUCUUCGUGACAUUUGGCCGUCCAGAGAGGAGAUCCAACAGACCGAGGAGGACAUGGUCAUCUCCUCCAUCUUUCAGGACCUCAGGAGCAGGAUGGAGAAAGGGAAUACGUUUUGGAACAAGAUUGAAUGUCCAGACUCGGCGGUUUUCCCCUGGGAUCACAAGUCCACAUAUAUCCGCUCGCCGCCGUUCUUCACCAAACUCAGUAAAGAUAUUCCUCCGCCCCAGUCGAUAGAAAACGCUCACGUCUUACUGUUCCUCGGAGACAAAGUGACCACGGAUCACAUUUCACCAGCCGGCAGCAUCGCCAGAGUCAGCGCCGCCGCCAAGUACCUGCAGAGCAAACGGCUGACGCCGCGGGAGUUUAACUCGUACGGUGCUCGCCGAGGGAACGACGCAGUGAUGAUGAGAGGAACCUUUGCCAGCAUCAAGCUCCACAACCGGUUCAUCGGCAAGCCGGGCCCAAAGACUCUGCACAUUCCCUCCGGCCAGACUCUGGAUGUGUUUGAGGCAGCUGAUCGCUAUCAGAGAGACGGCACACCCCUCAUCAUCCUAGCUGGAAAGGACUACGGCUCUGGAAGCUCCAGGGACUGGGUAGCGAAGGGACCGUACCUGCUGGGCGUCCGCGCCGUCAUCGCCGAAAGCUUCGAGAAGCUCCACAGGAGGCAGCUGGUGGGGAUGGGCAUAAUGCCGCUGCAGUUUGUGGCGGGGCAAAACGCCGACACUCUGGAGCUGAGCGGGAAGGAGCGCUUCAGCGUGGCGCUGCCGGAGAGCCUGCGGCCACGGCAGCAGCUGACCGUCAGGACCAGCAAAGGGACGUCGUUCAGCGUCACGGCGCUGUUCGACUCCGAGGUGGACGUUAUCUUUUUCCAACACGGGGGGCUUCUGAGGUACGUCACUCGGACUGUGGUGGAAAACGGACUGGACGCCGCCGGCGGCGAACAGCAGCCGACUCCGGUCUGACUCCUCUGCCGGUUCUCGGUCUCCUCCGCUUCUACGUCCUCAGACUUUUGGAACGUCCGUUUUUCUUUUGUUUGUUAGUUUUUCUAAACCUGUAGCGUGAGCGUCUUUUAAGUCAGUACACAAACGUCAACGUUUCUGGCUUGUGAACCCAAGAAGAAGAAGAAACGACGGCGUUCAACAUGUGCGUGGAGAAUGUACUGCCUGUAAACGUGGUGGUUUUGUGUUUCGUUGCUAGAGAACUCUCGAGGUUUUUCAUUGGACUGUUCUGUCGCCAACACCGCUUUGGAGAACUACGAUGGAGCGCUUCAUCACCAAUUGUCCCCCGAUGUCAGAAUUCUGCAUGAUUAUUUCUUUUCCCCGUCAGAGCAGAACCGUCUCAUGUGGUGGUGAUAUUUCUUUACUUGACAGUUUUGUGAUGAAAUCAAUUGUGUGUCAGUGUUCUUCACCGUACGAUGUCGGUCAGAAGGUUGGCUUUUUAUUUGAUCAACAACAAAACAUACAACCAGCAAUUUCAUUUUUCAAAACAAUAAUUCACUGUUUUCUCUACCCACCAAAAGCGUCCAUAGAUGCUCAAAUAUAUCUACAUUCACUAAUAUUUUGUCAAAUGUCCUUCAGUGAAGUUUUUUCAUUGUAGUCUGGCAGUCAUUGCGGCUGCAUCGUCUUUCCAGAAAUGCUGAUAAAUUUUAAGCAGAACCCAUCGACUUUCAACGGGGUGGACAUCAGCUCCGCUCCGAUCAGUAAGGCCAGCGUACUUUGACCAAUCCAGAACAAAUACUUUUUCGUUUGAAUAAUUCAUAGAGAAAAGUAGAGCGAACAAAAAUAAAAACACUGUGUUUUUAUACAGUGCUUGUUGUUGUUGCAGAACUUCAUCUUCAACUUUCAUCCAUUUGACCCAAACUGCCAUCAACUCUGCACGGAUCAUUGAGCGCCGUUUAGAGAAACUCUUUAUGGUUAGAUUGGCCUUUUUGGUCUUCAUGACAAGACAUAUGUAUGGUAGUGGAUGCAUCAUGCUGUGGAAGUGGUGCAUUGUAUACUUGGCGGGAGGGGGGGAGGAGCCAUCUUCAAUUUAAAUAUUUUUGCAAAAACAGUGCACUUAAGAUUAGACUAAAUUAACUUCAUAGCAAUUAUUCAGCAAAAUAUGAGCUAAAUAAUUAAGUAAAUAAUUCUUUAUUAAGUUUAAAUAGCACUAGUUCCACUGGUUUAUUUGUUUCACUUACAAUAAGAAAUUUUACCCAUGUUCUAAGUGGAACUAUUACUUUUUUUAAAGUCAAUAUAAAGGAAUAAUUUAUUUAACACAAGCUCCUAUUUCUUGCUGAAAAGUUCCUUGUAAGUUAGUUUUGUCUUAUUUCAGACAUUUGCACUAGAAACUGGGCCAAAAAAUGUUUUGUGUUUUAAUGAAGGGGUGUCCAAAGUGUUGCUCGGGGGCCAUAUGUGGCCGCUGAAAUGAUUUUGAUCGUCCCUGACAGUAGAGAUGAAUUAACAAACGAUCAUCCUGACGUCCAUGUCCAAUGCGCUGACCAUGGAGCCGGCUGUUGGUGCGAACCAGAUCUGCUCGGCUCGCUCCACCGCCACAGCUCCCGGUCUCACCAGCAGCUCCUCAUCAUCCCCAAAACCCACACUAUUCAUUAAGCGUCUCGCUUUAAGAACGUUUUCCUCGCUAUAAUGACUGAUUUGGCUCCGGGUGUAAUUGAAGCUUUUCAUCUCGUUUCUGCGUCCGUUGUGACGUAGAACGACCUCGUUGGGUAAACGCCGCUUCAGCCUCUUUGGAAGAGGAAAAAAACAACAGAUUUUCAGCACUGAUUUAAGGAUUUGAAGUGUUUAAAGAGAAAAACCCACCAAACGCGUGACGCACCGGACCGACGCACGUCAACAGUUAAUGCCUCUGUUUGUGUUGCUGAUCAUUUCUGCAGUGGUGUGUCAUCGCGUGAUUUAACGAGCGGUCUGACACUUGGACAUGCUUUCUUUUCAUCAGCCGCUGCCAGAAUGAGUCAUGUUUUCUUUUUGAUGCCUCGUGGAGACAUUUUAAACACGUUUAUCUCCCCGUUUCGUACGUUUUGCCGCCUGGUUCUGCUUAAAUCGCGGGACAAAACGUUCCGGUGGGGAUGGCGGUGGACCGCCUCACAGCACGUCUUGAUGUAAAUAAUUUUUAAUAAACGGCAAAAGAUGACACGUU